ACAAAUAUCUCAACAUGUACAUCAAAAACUUCCUGCAGCCUCCUGGGAUAUGAUAUAAUGACAUAGAAUGGUUAGGUUGUGGAAAUUGAAGAUUGAUUUCCAUUCCAACUAAAAGUUUAAUAUUGGGAAAAGAGGAAACCAUGUGCAAUUAAGUUCUUCAAUUCCUCCUCCACUCUAUAUCAAAGUAGCAUGGAGUUCUCUCCAGAAAUGAAAGGCGGCUACUUCCUGCUGCAUCUUCCCAUUCUUGUGCUCUUUUUAACCCUCAUGAUGUCUUUGGGGCAUGGUUAUGAUCAUGAUGAAUGCCUGCCAAGAAGAUGUGGGAACAAUGGCCCUGAAAUCUCCUUCCCAUUUCGACUCAAACACAUUCACCCUCAGCACUGUGGCUACCCUGGAUUUGACCUUUCAUGCACUGAAAUGGGAGAAACUGUUUUGGAACUGCCCGUUCCACUUCUCAACGGUACCCACCUUCCAUAUGCAGUGAAGUUUUUUAUACAUAAUAUAUACUAUGAAUAUGAUGCAAUUGUAAUAUCUCCGGUGGAUGGCCGCCUCCUACAACUGCUCCCCUUACUAAAUUUAUCUGCAUCUCCCUUUAGCUUGCCGCCAUAUCUUGAUCGCUACAGCAUUUUCAACUGCUCCUCAAACAGGACCAGUGACAAAAUUCACCUCUCCCCAAUCACAUGCCUUAGCAAACAAAACCACCAUUUUGUUUAUGCUGUGGGCUCUUUCCUUGAUCUUUACUCUGUAACAGAGCUAAUGUCAUGCACGAAAACGUUUGAGAUUUCAGCCUCCUACGAACUAAUACAAUAUUGUCAAUUUCUUCUGAACUGGAAUAGACCCAGCUGUGGGCUGAAGAGCAACAGCACCCAAGAAGAUGCCUACUGCAGUGGAAAAAGACCAAGUAGAGGUGUACUGGGAAAAUUAAAGGUUGCAGGUGAAGUUUUUGGGUCGUUUCUUGCUGUGUUGUUGGUUUUGGGUGCCUACCAGAUUUAUAGGUCAAAGAAAAUGAAGGAGGAGGAGCAAGUGAAGAUUGAAAGGUUCUUGGAGGAUUAUAGGGCUCUUAAACCGGCAAGGUAUUCGUAUGCAGAUAUCAAGAAAAUUACAGAUAGAUUCAGUGAAAAAUUAGGCGAAGGCUCCUAUGGUACAGUGUACAAGGGGAAGCUUUCAGAUGAUGUUUUUGUUGCUGUUAAGCUCCUCAAUAAUUCCAAAGGAGAUGGAGAUGGGGAAGAGUUUGUCAAUGAAGUGAGCACAAUUGGAAGCAUACACCAUGUCAACGUGGUUCGACUCGUUGGCUAUUGUGCUGAUGGGUUCCAUCGAGCUCUUGUUUAUGAAUAUUUAGUGAAUAAUUCUCUUGAAAAAUUUAUUAUAUCUUCUUCAUCGAACGAGAAGAAUUUUCUUGGUUGGGAGAAACUACAACAGAUUGCUCUUGGCAUAGCCAAAGGAAUUGAGUAUCUUCACCAAGGGUGCGACCAAAGGAUCCUGCAUUUCGACAUUAAACCUUGUAAUAUAUUGCUAGACCAAAACCUUAACCCAAAAAUCUCUGAUUUCGGUCAAGCAAAGUUGUGCUCCAAGGAAAACAGCAUUGUCUCCAUGACUGCGGCGAGAGGAACCAUGGGUUAUAUCGCGCCAGAAGUUUUCUCUCGAAACUUUGGAAAUGUCUCGUAUAAAUCAGAUGUUUAUAGUUUCGGAAUGUUGUUGCUCGAAAUGGUGGGAGGAAGGAAAAGGGGUGAAAUUUCAUCACCUGAAACUAGCCCAGAAUGGAUUUACAACAUCUUAAAUAGGGGAGAAGAACUAGAGAUCCAGAUAGAGAAUGAGGAUGAUUCCAAGAUUGCAAAGAAACUAACAGUAGUGGGACUUUGGUGUAUUCAAUGGUAUCCUGUGGACCGGCCUCCCAUCAAAGUUGUGAUUCAGAUGCUUGAAGCUGAGGAGCCUCCCUCCAUGCCACCAAAUCCUUUUGGUUCCACAGAUUCAUCUAAGACUAAAGCUACCAAGCCAAUGAAACUAUUCAAUAGUGGACUAGAAAUUAUAUCUGAGUUGGAAUGAAUUUGUUACAAAAUAAUGUGCUAAAAAAUUUUCUUAUUGUCUGUUACAAAAUAAUGUGCUAUAAAUUUUACCUAUUGUUUGUUGUAAUGAUGACUC